UAGGUAUGAAUGGUGCGAUAAGAUUUAGAUUAUGUACUCGGUCUGUGUCUGUAGCUGUACAUUACAAUAUAGUAUAGUACUCGGUGUCUGUCUAAACGUCUAAACAUCUCCCGUCUCGGUAUGUGUAGUGUAAGUUAUAGUCAGUUUGUCACUAGUCUAUAACUUCGUGUUCACUCAGUUCAUGUGAAAUAAGUAUACUUAGAUAGUUAUUUAUUAGUAGAUGCAGUUGUGUGCAUGCUUUCGUGUAUUUGCAAAAUAUUAUAAAUACCAUCACACCAUCAUGUACUAUUCUUAUGUAUGCAUGCAGAUACCUACUGUAGUUAUACUUCGGGUCUUCGGCUGAUUACGUAUUCAGUAGUAUACCAACGAUUGAUAGUUGAAUGGAACUGCCUCGUAUGCAGAUUCAACUUGUAAGUCGUGAAAAAGACAGAUCGCGUUUCAUUUCUUUAGUACCUACAUAGUACAUAGUACAUUACAUUAGAUAUUUCAAGUGAGACGUUUCGUUUUCGAAGCCGUUACCUCAAUAAUUUGUGAACUACUCAUUGUAUAGAUAUAAUUACGAUCCAUUAUCGACUAUGCCUGCGAAUUCACUUGGAACAGAAUAAGAGUCUAAAAAUGAUUGAACGAUGUGAUUCUACUUGAAAAUAUCAGGUUCCAUGAUGUUUGGGCCGUAGUUAAAAUUACAAUAGAAUGCAGAUGAGUAUCGAUUUCACGUUUUUAUUAUUUUUUUUAAUCAUGUCGGUGUUCAAAGUAAAAACGGUCAAUUUUACGCCUCACAAUUGCGGAGAAGAAAAAUUCAUGCAUCAAAAACAUGGUAUCAUACAAACUCCGAAUUUCCCACGAGCAUUUACUGCACCAAUACGAUGUCGAUGGGUAAUCGACGCGAGCAAUUAUUCCGAUCCAACGAUAUACGUUUACUUCACGCAGCUCUUUGUGACCACUGGUUUAAACAUGUCGGAAUACAUAUAUUAUAACGAUGGAAUAGGCUACAAUGGAAAAACCAUAUUUGUUCUACCUCCGAAAGAAUCCCUUGAACAAGAAUUCGUUCGAACAAAUCUUACAUACCUAGUUAUCGAUUUCGAGUUACAUCAAUUGGAAGGUAAUCAUUUGAGAGCAUUGGAUAAUUUGAUGGAUGUGUUUGGAUUCAACAUCACGUAUGAAAUCUCAACCAACGAGCCUAGCAAAAAUUUCUGCACGGUGGUGGAUUGUUCAUUGGCUGGUCAUUGUUACGCUAGUUCGGAUUUUUCAAAAUACAAGUGCUCUUGUUUUGAUGGAUUUUUUGGAGAAAAAUGUGGUUAUGGACCUCUCUGUCAUCCAAACAGAAGCGAUUGCGAAAAUGGGGCUACAUGCAGGCAUGCCGGAGAAACAGCAGCGAUGUGUAUAUGUACGGAGAGAUUUACUGGAAUGAAAUGUGAUAUUCCUCUUGCAGCUCUGAACCAGGAAUCUACCAUUAUGAUUAAUCAAACGAUUAGUUGUGCAGGUUCCGUCGAAGAAAAAGUAAAGCGAUCAUCAUCCUAUUGCAACUGUGAAAAUCGUGAAAUAGUCAGCGAAUAUCGAGCUCAGUACUUGUUAGCUGUACAUUUGGCGAGUACGACGGCGGGUGCGAAAAUCGAAAAUCCCACAACGAUUGUACAACAUCGAGUAAACAUGCAGUACUCUUCGGAGAGCAGAACGUCUUUAGAAGAGAUUUUGAAAAAAUACUUCAAAGAAGGAAAAUCAAUCAAGUAUAAAUCGCCAACGAUUCUUAAUGUGACGAGGGACGGUGACCGGAUAAGUAACGUGAGUUUUCAAAUAUACACCACUAAAUCGCCAGCAGAAAUUAAUGAUAAACUACGCGCCAUGGUUAAUAACAACGUUAUCGAUCAUUUUUCUCCAAUUCGUUUAGUACCAACGCUUCAUUUAGAGAAAGUCAGUAUAAAUAGAGAAGAAGAUGUAUUGGAGAGACAAGAAUUUAUACUUUCAUGCGUCGCUCAAGGCUCGCCGUCGAUGUCAUUUCAGUGGUUUAAAGAUGGAAUUCCAAUAAACGAUUCUUUAGCCAUAAGAGAUUUAUGGCUUCGGACAACGUCGUAUGAUAAUUGGCGUAGCAAAUACGUUGGAAUGUUGACGAUAACGCACGCCGAAUCAGUUGACUCUGGAAUUUAUACGUGUCAAGUAAAAGAUGCAGAACAACGCCAGUGUAGAUCGAUUAGAGUAAAUGUCGUUCAAAUACCCGACGUGAAAGUAACACCGUUGAACAUCGUAGUAGAAAAAGGCCAAAACGUAACACUUCGCUGUUUAUCAAAAAGUGACUGGCAAAGUGAUAUAAAUUAUGGUUAUAGCUGGUUGAAAAACGACAAAGUAUUUCAAUUCGACGUUCCAAAUUUGUACUGGGAAGAUUUACAUAAAGGAGGCAGUGUACUUUAUGUUAAUAACAUUCGAAAAUCCGAUGUGUUCAAAUGCGAAGUAAUCGGCAAAGGACGCAAUUCCGCCAGCGUUAGAGUAGAUGUGUUAGAUAAAGAUUUAACUCCGUACUGCCAUCGAGACGGUGCCUGGCCUAUGACAGCUCCUGGUAUGUCAGCUAUGCAAGAAUGCCCUGCUAAUUAUACCGGCGGUAUUUCGAGUCGUUUGUGUAUGAUGGUUGAUGCUGACAAAGCAGAAUGGCAGCUGCCAGACUUUUCUAAUUGCGUGUCUAAUGCGUUUAUUAGUAUCUCUGAACAAUUUCGUAAAUUAACUUACGGUUAUCAGACUGACACGGUGAACGCAACAGAUACUUUGAAAGCAGUUUGGCAAUUAUUUCUAGUCCAAAAACUGUUACCGGGGGAAGGUGAAACGGUUGUCGAUUUGUUAAGAACAACGCAUGAUUUUUUAUUAAAAACGCAAAAUAUUCAAGACUUUCAAAACUCGACGCCGUAUUUUUUCGGUAUCAUCGAUAUUUUAUUGCAAGAUAGCACGUCGAUACUGAAUCAUAAGGCGAUAUUUUCCUUGUCAUGCAUAAUUGACGAAUGGUCAUCGUGGUGGACGUUUAGCAAUGGCCAAAGGUUACAAGCAGUUCGGCAGCAACACACUUCACAUUCGAAUUUCAGUCGUUUCAAGUCGUUUGAAUUUCACGUGUCAACAAAUCAAAAGCCAGUUGUGACUUUGUAUUCUAACGUAACCGUAAAUACCGAAGGUUCGACAUUUCGAAAUAUGCAGAAUGAAUCCAUAAAGCUUGGUAUAAUGAUAUAUAAAAAUUUAUCUCGUAUCUUGCUGCCACCGUAUGUGUCUAAUCGUAGAAACGAUAAACAAUUGCUGUAUAAAUUGAAUACUCCUAUUAUUCACGUAUUAUCGAAAAAGUCGAUCCGAAAAAAACGAGAUGCAAAUUCCAGCUGGAUUCAAGUACACGUUGAUUUCAAGUUACCAUUGCAUGAUAAACUGUCAACGAACUGGGAUGUCCGUUGCGGGACUGUUUCGAGUUUUGGGCAAGGCUGGAGUUUGGAUUCAUGCAAAGGCAUAUCAUUACCUACACGUGCGUUACGCUGUUCAUGUAAUCAUGGAGGCCUUUUUGGCAUUUUUAUUGCCGAGUUACCAAGUAUUAAUAGCGAAAUAGACCGAAAAUAUCAUAUCGUUGUGAUAAUCGGUUGCGUAUGCUGCUUCAUUCAGUGUAUGAUAUCAUUUUUAGUAUUACUAUGUAGAUGGUUGAAAACGCGUUCCUGUUUGUUAUAUUUGAAAAUUCAAAUAUGUUUUUCAACUGCCACAACUAUGUUGUUAUUUUUGUAUGGUUCCGGAGAUCCUUCGCCUGAUAUGUUUCCUUACAUACUAUCCGGUCUUCAAAUGUUCCUUUUUGCUUCAAUUUCAUCUCAUAUUAGCGUAUUGAUAGUGACGUACGUAGAUAUCAUAUCAUUGAAAAAAAUACCCAACAUAAAAGUUUCGGCAAUAUCUGUGGUGACAGUCUCCCCUAUGCUGUUAAUGGUAUACGCGCCGUUAAGUCGCAGAAUAACCAACGAAAAGCUAACGUGUUGGUGGCUAUGCAAAGGAUCGCUGUUGUUUUAUAUUCAUUUUAUCGUCGGUUUAUUUUUGCUGCUAUUGUUUUUAUUUUUAUAUUACAGCGUUAUGAAAAAAUUAUUCUGUUUGUGGAAUUCUACUAAAGUGGAGCGAAGAACAACUAUAUUGCAACGGAUGAUUUUUUUACUGUACACGUUGCUGAUUUUUAUAAGCGCCGUUGUUAUGACCAUAUCAAGUAUUUUUUUCGUAAAUUCAAAAAACUCAACAACUCAAACUGUUUUUGGCUCAUCAUGUGCAUUAUUGGGAUUUGUGAUAGUUUUAUUUUACAGCCCUAAAAAUGAAAUAUCAUUUUACGGGAAAAUAUUUCCAAGUUUGAGAAACCAGGAUGCAAAAUAUUCGCCGGAACUUCAAGUGAUUCCAGUUCAAUCAGGUAUAUUACGAAACAAUGUGACGUAUGAAACUGAAUCAUCGCCAUCUAUUCAUUCAGAUUCAAGAUGUGAAAAUAUUUACCUAGAAACCUAUCCAACGAGUAAAGAAGAGGAAGACAUAACUUCUGUACCAAAGCGAAAAAAAUCCGUCGUUUUUCAUCACGAUUUAGUGACAGGCUGUGCUGAAAAUGAAGAACCAGCAUCUACUGGGAAUCAAGAACAAAUAGCGAUUUCAUCAGAAGCUAAUUCGACUGAAGAAUGCUCGAUAGAAGUAAAACAUCAAUCGGAUAUUUUGUGGCCGGCGACACAUGACAACUACAUAUCUUCAAGUUGUUCUAAAAAUCCUGUAUACUGUUCACCAUUACACCAAAAUCAUCCGGAAAUUUUGACUACUCGAGUUUGCGUCGAAUUAGGUGUGGUGAAAAAUACUGUAAACGGUGCUUUAGCAGGGAAUGAUAAUUCCUCUACAGUAGUAAUUUGCAGCGUGGAUGUUGAACCUUGUCCAGGUCACAUAGUUGAACUAAACGAAGUUAAAUUCACCACAAAUACAAUAGGCGAAAUAUGUGUCGAUAAUACCGCUCAAAAAUUGUGCGAAAUUCAUAAAUGCGAAUCUUUCUCCACCGACGCUGAAAACCCACAAAAAGCCGAUGUUCUAGAUCGUAUAUCGCAAGAUUUGGACUAUUUAUUGAAUCGAUCUCCUAGCCCGAAUAAAACGCGCAAAUACAGUUUCAAAAGUACUACCAACAGUGCUAGAAUUACCCCAACUAAUUCCAAAUUAUCAUAAAAUUAAUGUGAUUUCGCUAUUUUUAUUCUUGUGUGAUUUUUAUAUGUAUUUAUAAUUCGUUAUAAGCGUUCUAUUUACGUACAUACCUACGUGUGAAUUUCCUCUUGAAAUUACAUUUAUGAAAUGAGAUUCAAUCUCUUUAUACUUUUUAUCGUGAAAAUAAUGGUAUUUCAUUUGACAAGUAAAAUAAAGUGAUUUUCGACGAAUUUUGAGGUUUACGUAUUUCCCGAGCAUAGCGAGGGAAGUACCGAGCUAAAAAUCGUCGAAAAUUGUUUUAUAUUACUAGUUGAAUAACAUGUUUUAUCCAGAAGUGGGAAGAAAACGCGCAAUUAAUAACUCGAGCUACUAGCGAGAGCGAAUAAAGUAGCGUUUUUUCUACUGCAAAAAAAUUUCACACAGAAAAAACCGCGAUCGUGUUUUUUUCUCUUCUUUUUUAUAGUUUUUUUUUUUGAAAUUUUGUACCAUUUUUUAAAAAAAAAUUACUAUUACUUAUCAUAAAUAAUAUUUUUGCAUUUGAUUAUGUGAUGUGGUUUAGUUGAUGUUCAUUAUGAAAUAAAUUUUAUUAAUUAAAAAAUAAAAACGUAA